CAAAAAAUGGAUUUGGCAGACCUUUUUACUUUUUCUUGCACAUAAUACAUUGUCAGAGCUUUAAGACAUUGUAUAGACAAUACGUGGAAUCACAAGAAACAGCACAUCUCUAAGAAAAUGAGCGAAAUCAAACAAGAACAACCUAUGGAAUUUGAUAUAGAUAAUUUGUUUGAAUGGACCAUGAAGAAAAACUGGAAGGAAGUCCUGAAUGUAUGCAGGAACAACCCCUCUGCUUGUAUGGCUAAGCUAACUAAAUCAGAAGAUACAGCUUUGCACAUUGCUGUCUCAAGUUUCCAUGCAGAUCAAAUUGAUGCUAAUGGACAAGCAAAAGUUGUAAGCGAUCUUGUUGAAUCACUACCGCUGGAUCAGGCAGUCGAGAUACUUAAAGUGCAAAAUGACAAAGGAGACACACCUCUACAUCUAGCUGCAGCACUUGGAAGUGCCACAAUCUGCAGUUGUAUAGCCAGGAAGGAUCAUGUGCUCAUCAGUGAGCGCAAUCUGAAGGGUGAAACUCCAUUGUUCAUGGCAGCUCAUCAUGGCAAAAUGGAGGCUUUUCUGCAGCUACAUAAGCUCUACAGAAAGAGUGCAGAAGAACCAGAUGAUCGGCUGUAUAGAAGGAAUGAUGGGGAUACCAUUCUGCACUCGGCCAUAUCUGGAGAGUACUUCGCAUUGGCAUACCAGAUAAUUAGCUAUAACCACAAACUUGUUGGUUCGAUCAAUCAAGAAGGCUUUUCUCCUCUCCACAUCCUUGCCAGGAAACCAAAUGUAUUCGAGAGCAGCAGCAAUCUUCGUCUCUUUGAUCGGAUAAUCUAUCGCUGUGUACUUGUUCGUGAGCUAAAGAAGCAGAAAUUAAAGGAUAGUGGAAUUAACUAUCCAGAUGACUACCAGACAUGCAUGAAGUUCAUUCAUCUACCUUGGGCUGCAUUCAGGACAAUUACUGCUCUUGGAAAAGAUUAUGGCCCCAGACAAGAACCAGGCAAUAUAGCAGAUGCAGAGAAUCCAAAAAAUGAAGAGGAGGAACAUCAAGAAAAAGAGCUCAAAGAUGAACACCCGUUUCCAGAGAACUAUACCACCUGCAUUCAGUUGUUCAAAUUUGCAAUGAACGUUGUACUGGUUGUGUUGGGAAUUGGCAUUUGGAAAAUCAGUAAGAUUAGGGAGAAGAAAGAGAGGCACAAGUGGGCUGUUCAGGUAAUGGAUAAAUUGAUUGAGCAUGAAGCCAAUUACAAGUACAGUCACAUUGGAGGCAGACCUGUGGACAAUGUGGAACAGAUGUAUCCUGAAAGAAUUAAGCCUCCUUCUACACCGCCAGAUAAUAUCCCUGGAAGGAAAUCCAAAGACAAGCAGGAACACGAAGAUGGGAGUAAACUAGCUUGUCAUUUGGCAUCACAAGCAAUGAAAGGGCGUGCAGAUUUAGGGAGUGUGAAUAUUACUACCGAUGAUAUAGUUAUAAAGCCAAAGACAACAACACUUCAUGCUUCCGACGUCUUUGGCAGUCAAUCAACUUCCAACCGCGUUAAGAAUUAG